AUGGACGGCGACCUGAGUCUUGCUCAGACUCUUGGAGGUCUGCGGAUCGCUAAUCCUGACGACGCUUCACCCUCUCCGUCUUCGCAAGGUUUAGGACAUGGCUCUUCGAUAUCACCGCUGUCUGCAUCUCACCAUGCUACAGAACAUGGAGGAGAGGAAAGCAGCCCACUCUCCCCUCCAGCUCUACCGCCAUCCCUACCGAACAAUGGCUUCCGGUCAACAUCUCCCUUAGGCUUCAAUCCAAAAGCUUUCUCUACAGAUACAAUUUCAGCUGAACCUCUACCCGGUCAAAUCGAGCAGCCUCUCGCUUCCACACCCAGAGAUCCGUCGACUUACGCGCAGCGGCACGCCAACCGCCAGUCCAUACCCCUCACAUACCAAGAUCAACAGCAAGCUCAGUUUCCACAGUACCCGACGAUGAUGCCUUUGAGUCAACGAAAUCCAACCUCAGGCUUACGUCCGGUAGCUUCCAUGUAUACUCAACCACCUCCGGUCCCCAAUGGGAAUCAGCUACCAAGCGAUGGAUCAUAUCGGCAGCGCGACGAAUUCUCGCAUUCGUCAAUCCUGGGAAUGCCCCAAAGGAGCAGCUCGAGAGGUGCGUCGGCGGCGAUGCAGGCGGGGGUGCCAACAAGAGAGGGGAGCCACAGAGAUCGAUCCUACAGACAAAGUCAGCUGUACAACGGCAACGGAGGGCUGCCGCUAAGGAAAAGCUCAAGAGGCAUGGGAGGUGGGCAGCUAGGCAACUCCGCGGUGUCUGCACCAUCACCAGCUGCUGGGUCACCAUAUGGAAUAGAAGGAGGGCCUGUCAAAAGUAGCGAUGAAUGGCAAGAAAAAGGAGCGGUGGUGGGAGUACGUCAAGAAAUAGAUGCCAACGGCAGGCCUGUAACAAGACACGUGAAAAAAGGAGUUAAGGAUUUUGCAUUUGGGCGGACGCUAGGCGAAGGCUCCUACAGUACUGUUAUGGCGGCCACAGACAGGCAGACAGGCAAAGAGUAUGCCAUCAAGGUGCUCAACAAGCGGCACAUUAUCAAGGAAAAGAAGGUAAAAUACGUGAAUAUCGAGAAGGAUACCCUGAACCGUUUGACCGAUCAUCCUGGAGUUGUGCGGCUUUAUUAUACAUUUCAAGAUGAAGGAUCGUUGUAUUUUGUGCUGGAUCUCGCGAGUAGCGGGGAGCUUUUGGGUGUUCUCAAGCGAAUGACGACCUUUGACUUGGAAUGCGUAAGGUUUUACGGUGCCGAGAUAUUGGACACGGUCGACUAUAUGCAUACGCGAGGGGUGAUACACCGCGACCUGAAACCGGAGAAUGUCUUGUUGGAUGAUCAAAUGCAUGUCAAAAUUACAGACUUUGGUACGGCGAAGAUCUUAGAUGUCCCUGAGCGGCUGCCGAAGGACGCAAAUGGGGACAUAGGGGCAGGGAACCCUCUGGACGGAUCUGAGGACCACAAAGCAAACUCUUUUGUCGGAACCGCAGAAUAUGUGAGCCCUGAACUGCUCACAGACAAGAAAGCUUGCAAGUCCAGUGAUCUGUGGGCAUUUGGCUGCAUCAUAUAUCAACUUCUAGCAGGUCGGCCACCAUUCAAAGCUGGUAACGAAUAUCUGACCUUUCAAAAAAUUGUUGCCCUGGAGUACCAAUUCCCUACAGGAUUUCCGGAGGUAGCUAAGGAUCUUGUCGAACGAUUGCUUGUCUUGGAUCCUGCGAGUCGCCUAUCGAUUGAGCACAUCAAGAAUCAUGAAUUCUUUGACGGUGUGAAUUGGGGUCGCGGGUUGUGGAGGCAAAAAGCACCAAGGCUGAAGAGCUUUGUUCCAGCGGUAGCAGAACCAAGAAGGCUGAACGGCCAUGCCAACAACAAUGGGAAUGGUAACAACUAUCCGCCAAAUAUUGCGCCCUCGCACAGCACCUCAACAACCCGAUUUGAAGGAGCCAGCAGUAGCGUGCCGAGACCCAGUCCAAGAGUCAUCACGGAGCUUCCGCCACCAAGCCAGCUUGACAUUGAAUGGUCGCCUGUGUUGACAAAGAACAACGAGCGAAUUCUGAAGCUUGGUAACCUCCUUGUCAAUACCACCCCGGCUCCGCACAGCCCCACGGGUAAAAGUGCUGGUCAGAAUGGCGAGACAGAUUCACCCAAAAAGUUCUCGAGAUUCUUUGGCAGUAACACAACGAAAAAACGUCAAAGACUGGUAAUGAUAACAUCAAGCGCUCGAAUCAUUAUAGUCGCUGCUGGCGGGGAAGACAAGAAGUCAAAGAUCGAGAUACCGCUGCUUAUUUCGGGUUGCUCUUGGAGAAAGUUACAGGAUUCAAAAGGCUUCACGUAUUGGUGCGUCGAUACACAUGACAAGCACUUCAGCUUUGAGGAUCCUAAAGCUGCAUCAUCUGAUGGGUCUGCGACUUCGGCGUCUGCCCAAGAAUGGCUUGACAGCAUCGAGACUGCCCGAGAAAUUGCAUUCUCCCAAAGCUUGUCAAAUUCGUACACCGGCGACGAUGCCCUCAAGGAUCUCCAAUCAGGCUCACAUACAUCCUCGCGCGGGCUCGACCUCGAUUCUCCAGGACCCUUGGAGAACGGAUCUGGUCGUCACACCCUUCAGAAAAACUAUUCCAGCAACGAGGAGUCCUUCCAUGGCAUUGGACGGAAACGCUUCAGCAAGAGGCAGUCAAAGAGUGGAUUAGCUGCUGUGUUCUAG